AUGACUAUCGACCACACCAGCUUCUACGUCCCCGAAGACAAGUUCCAAGACUGCCUCAAUUUCUAUCUUGAGGCUCUCAAGCAUCUGGGCUAUGAAAUCCGCUAUCAAUUCGGCCCGUAUGUCGCGGGUCUUGGUUCGACCAAGGAAGACUUGGAAGAUUACAAGCGGGCGGACUUUUGGGUGUUUGGAGUGAAGAGCGCACCAGAGCAACCUGCUCAUAUUGCGUUUGGUGCCCCUGAUCGCGCUGCGGUUGAUGCUUUCCACGCCGCUGCCCUCCAGGCUGGGGGUAAGGACAAUGGAGCCCCGGGUUUGCGGUCGAUGUAUCAUGCCAAUUACUAUGGUGCUUUUGUUACCGAUCCAGCCGGAAACAACAUCGAGACUGUCUGUCACCGCGCUCCAUAA